AUGGAAGCCGACAAUGGGAUUUCCGAGCCCUAUCCCCCCGCCGCAAGUCUGCUCCAGCUCUUCGAUGAACGACCUGUCCCUGUUCUUUCACCGAAAAUCGUCGAAAGAAUAUCUUUCAAAGACAUUGAUCCAUCACACCAAGCCGCGGCCGUUGUCGAGUCCUUCCACGACGCCUUGAGAGACAAUAAUAUCCAAGCUCUUCAAGACUGCUUCUUCGCUGAUCAAGCUUACUGGAAAGAUGCAUUGGCGUUUACCUAUCAUUUGCGGACCUUUUAUACUCCUUCGGUCAUUGCUGCCAAUUUGUUGGAAACUAACAAGAUGAGAGGUCCUUCGAUGCGAUGGAACAUGGAGAACGCGGUGUUUGUCGCUGCGACACCUGUACUGCAAUUCAUUGACGUCGCGUUGUCCUUCAGAACUGUAUCGCCCGCGGCUUCAUGUAGUGCUCGAAUCGUACUACUCCCGGUUGAGAGCAGCGAGGAUAAGCUUGAAUGGAAAAUCUGGAUUCUGAGCACCAAACUUGAGAACCUUGAUAUUCAUCCAGAAAAUAAAUCCUUGCUCCACUUAACUGGUCGCAAUCGAAAUGGCAUAGCAGAGAUUGACACUGAUGUCUUCAUUAUUGGCGGCGGCAACGCCGCGGCAGCACUCGCCGCUCGGCUCAAGACCUUUGGCGUCGAUAGCAUCAUGGCUGAACGAAAUGCCCAUGUCGGCGAUAACUGGGCCAAGCGCUACGACUGCAUGAAGUUUCACGUGCCGACUUCAUUCUGCGACAUGCCUUACAUGAGCUACCCAGAAGAGCUCCGAGGCCUUCACCGUCUGAGCAAGGAUGAACUGGCCAAUCACCUGGCACAAUAUGUCGCGUCAUUCAACCUCAACGUCAUUACUUCGGCAACAAUUCAGUUGACGGUUUACAACAAGUCAAGUGCGAAAUGGACGAUUGAACUACAAACUCCUGUUAGAGCGGUUAAAGUGACUGCUAAGCACCUAGUCCAAGCAACCAGAGUUUCCUCGCAAAAGCCGUAUGUUCCUACUGUUGAAAAUGCAGAGGUCUACAAAGGAAUCAACAUCCACUCGUCGGACUACAAAAAUGGAAGAGCACUAGCCGAGCAAGGCGUCAAGUCGGUUCUCGUCAUAGGAUCAGCAAACACGGCCUUCGACAUCCUCGGCGACUGCUAUGCCGCCGGUCUCGAGUCAACGAUGGUCGUGCGAUCGCCAACUUACAUCUGCCCAUUCGAGUAUAUCUGCAACGACGUCAGUCUAGGCGCGUACAACUUUGACGUCGCACGCGGCGACAGAAUGUUUCUCAUGCUUCCAUCCGUGGUGGAAGGUCAACUUGCGCGAAAUCUCUUCAGAGGGCUCGCGUCCAAGGAGCCAGAACGCUAUACCGCUCUUAGAAAAGCUGGAUUUCCGGUGCUCGACAGUGCAGACCCUGAGCAAGCUCUCUUCUCUAAUUUGAUCGAGAGAGCUGGUGGGCACUACGUUGAUGUUGGCGGAACAGACAUUUUAGCACGAGGCAACGCCAGUGUCAAGGCAGGAGUCGAACCAAUCGCGUUUACCAAGGAUGGUCUCCAGUUCUCAGAUGGAAGCUCUGCCGUCGCCGAUGCCGUGAUUUGGUGUACCGGAUUUGCAGAUUGUGACGUUCGGUCUGUAGCCGCUGAGGUCCUGGGAGGUGAAAGAGGUGAAAGACGCAAUGCGAGCGAUGAAAAGGUCCUUGGACCGCGCGAGAUUGCUGAUCGUCUCGACGCAACAUGGGGCAUUGGCGCUGAGGGCGAAAUACGAGGAAUGUGGAAGAGACACCUGAGACUGGAGAAUUACUGGGUCAUGGGGGGUUAUACGCAGCAGCAUCGAUGGCACUCGCGGACGUUGGCUUUGCAGAUCAAGGCUACUUUGGAGGGGAUUCUUCCUCCGGCUUAUCGGAAGACUCUAAGGAGAGAUUAG